AUGAAUGCUACUCAGUUCAGUGCAUUAUGUAUGCAACGAAUGGAUUCGCUAGCUACAGAUCCAGAGAGACACGCUGCUCAUUUUUCUGAAGACUGCUUAUAUUUGAACGUUUUCUCGCCGACACCCUAUCAAUACACCAACGAUACUUAUCCAGUCGUAGUGUUCAUACAUGGAGGAGACUUCCAAUCCGGAGGAGGAAGUGACUAUCCCCAGCAAGCGAUUCUCGACAAUUUUGUUUCAAGAAAAAUUAUAUUUGUUACUUUCAACUACAGACUUGGACCACUUGGGUUUCUAUCAACAGGUGACAAAAUUCUACCAGGAAACGUCGGGCUCUGGGACCAAAUAUGGGCACUAAAAUGGGUCAAGCUCAAUGCGGAAGUGUUCGGAGGCGAUCCGUCAAAUAUCCUUCUCAUGGGAUCAGGAAGCGGACUUUUUCACAAAGUAUUGCUGAUGUCUGGAACAGCGCUGCAGCCUGGAGUUGUACGAGAUACGGCUAUCAAUGCAACAUGGGCUCUAAAUGAGAAAAUGCAGUGCAGGUCCUUCAACUCAUCCGAGCUACUGGACUGCUUCAGAAAAAGAAUGAGGGAGGAGAUUCUCGACUACAAGAGGUUGAAUUGGGACGAUUACCAGGAAUUCGUUCCUGUUGUCGAUGGAGCCGGUGGGGUGAUCCCUGAUGUGCCCGAAGACUUAGCUAAGCAUAGGAAAAAGAUACCAAUGAUGAUUGGAACCACACGUGAUGAAAGUUCUUUACGAAUA